AUGUAUAGAUCAACCAAAGAGACUUUAGAUAAGAUGUAUGAGGCUAUAGUAAAUACCUUAAGCGAGGCCGCAAUUAUGACAUAUGAAGCCGCCGCCGUUGAUGUAGAGCUAUAUUGGCCAGGCUUAUUCGCAAAGGCCUUUGAAGGUGUAAACAUGCGUGACCUCAUCACAAACAUCGGAUCUGGAGUUGGAGCUGCUCCUGCGGUUGAUGGUGCACCUGCUGCUGCUUCAGCUGCGGCCCCGGCAGCAGAACCCGCCAAGGAAGAGAAAAAGGAGGAAGAACCUGAGGAGAUGGGCUUCGGUCUCUUUGACUAA